AUGAUGGAUUUAAAAGGCGCAUCGGCCAACCGCGUGGUUCUCAUCCUCGUUAUCAUGACCCUCCACUCCUUCGGCGAAGGCUCGGGAGUCGGCGUCUCCUUCGCCGGCCCUCGCGGGCUGUCGCAGGGGCUGCUGGUAACCAUCGCCAUCGCCGUGCACAACGUACCGGAGGGCCUCGCGAUGACUCUCGUCAUGGUCGCGCGCGGCGUGCGGCCGCGCAACGCCAUGCUCUGGAGCGUCUUCACGAGCCUCCCGCAGCCGCUCGUCGCCGUCCCCGCGUUCCUCGGCGCCAACACCUUCACUCAGUUCCUCCCGCUCUGCAUGGGCUUCGCCGCGGGUUGCAUGAUCUGGAUCGUUUUCGGCGAGGUUCUCCCGGAGUGUAUUAAAGAGGGCGCGAACUCCUCCCACAUCGCCUCCGCCGCGACUCUCUCCGUUGCGUUCAUGGAGGCGCUAGGAGCUUUCCUCGAAGGCGCGGACGCGCCAGAAAGCUGGCACCGAUUGGUACCGAUUGCUUGGGCGCUGCUGUUCUUUCUCGGGCCACUCGUAGGCGGGAGGGGCGCUGCUCGGUUUGGCGCUGUGGCAGCCGGUGCAGCUGCUGGUAACUGGGCAGAUGGAGGUGUUGCCUCUGCUGUCAGUGUUCUAUGUGGGCUGUGUGCUGCAUUACUUUUGUGCCAGUAUGGGCGGGGCCUGGGGGGUGGGUGUGUGGGCAACGCGCAGCAGAAAUUGCAGGGCGGUUUUGGUGACGUUCAGUAUAGUCACGGGCUGCAGCAGUGGGUUGGGGACGGCGAUGAGAAGGAGGUGCUCCGGGCGUCGGGAGGGCUGCUGGUUCUCAAGCGGCUGGCGUGCUGUGUGGCAAGGGCGGCAGCAGAGGCAGAGGCGCGCAGGCAGCGAGGGCUGCUGAACGCACAUGAGGUGGUGAGGAGGGAGCAGGAUAAGGCCAGCAGAGCAGCAGCCAUGGCUGGUGGCGGAGCAAGUGGGGGAGGUGGAAUCGGUAGGCCUGGAGUGGGUGGGGCAGGUGCGGGUCGGGGUAUGCCCAUGGGUGGGGGGAGGCCGAGUCCUGCUGUACCUGGUGGCUCUGCUUCUUCCCUCAGUAGUGCAGGGGGUGUGAGCUACCCUCCUGCUGCCAGAGCUGCUGCUGUGUCUAAUUGGAAAGGGGGUAGUUGCAGUGCUGUGCCUGGGGAUGCUUCAGUUGAGGCUUAUGGUGGAGGGAUGGGGGGGUUCACUGGGGGAGUGGGUGGGGGGACAGGCAGUUAUGGGGCGUCUGUUGGGGGUGGCAAGGUGGCAGGUGGGCCAGGGAAGAGCAGUGGAGGGGGAUGGGGGGGAGGGAAGAGUGUUGGAGGGUGGUGA